UCAGAAGUUGGGGAACCUCUUUACAGAGAUCAAAUGCCGAUGGGUGCCAUAUUUGUGGAGCUGGAGAAAGAAAUUCAGACAUUUGUGAAGAAGGAGCUGAAGGGAAUCUUAAAGGCUUUGAGUUCCAAUAGCCAAGAGUGUCUAGAAGGUCAGAAAAAAGAGGAGGCCGUGUUUGUAAAUGAAGAUGAAAAGCAGAGGAGCAGCAAAGAAGCAUUUUUGAAGAUCACAGUGUACUUCUUGAGACGGAUGAAGCAGGAAAAGCUGGCUGAGCUUCUGGAAAGCAAAUCUCUAAUCACAUGCCAGCACGCAUUGAAGUCUAACCUGAAGAAGAGUUUCCACAGUGUGUUCGAAGGGAUUGCUAAAUCCGGAAACCAAACCCUUCUAAAUCAAAUCUACACAGAGCUCUACAUUACAGAAGAAGGCACUGGAGAUGUCAACAGCAAACAUGAAAUCUGUCAGAUUGAGAAAGUGUCCUGGAGGCCAGACAGACCAGAUGUAGCAAUUACACAUGGAGACAUAUUUAAGCCCAUACCCCAAAGAGAUAAACCAAUCAGAACAGUGAUGACAAAGGGAGUGGCUGGCAUUGGAAAAACAGUCUUAACGCAGAAGUUUACUCUGGAUUGGGCAGAAAACCAAACCAACCAGGAUGUUGAUUUCACAUUUCCAUUCACAUUCAGAGAGCUGAAUCUGUUGAAAGGGAAGAAAUUUAGCUUAGUGGAGCUUGUUCAUCACUUUUUUAGUGAAACCAAAGGAAUCCAUAGGUUUGAAGAUUUGAAGGUUGUAUUCAUCUUUGACGGAUUGGAUGAGUGUCGAUUGUCCCUGGAUUUCCACAACAAUGAGAUCUUGACAGAUGUAACAAUGUCAACCUCAGUUGAUGUUCUUCUGACAAACCUAAUCAGAGGAAAUUUGCUUCCCUCAGCUCACCUCUGGAUAACCACAAGACCUGCAGCAGCCACUCGGAUCCCUUUUGAGCUUGUUUGCUUGAUGACAGAGAUCAGAGGAUUCACUGACCCACAAAAAGAUCAAUACUUCACAAAACGAUUUACACAUAAGCAGGCAAAAAAGGUAAUCUUCCAUAUAAAGAAGUCACGUACCAUCCAUAUCAUGUGCCACAUCCCGAUAUUCUGCUGGAUCACAGCUACCGUUAUGGAAGACAUGAUGACAAGACAAGAUGGCGAAGAGCUGCCAAACACUCUGACUCAGAUGUAUAUCUACUUCCUGGUGGUGCAGGCAGAGGUGAAGAAGCGCAAGUAUGAUGUAGGAGCUGAGACAGAUUCUCCCUGGAAGAUGAUCGAGUCUCUGGGAAAAUUGGCUUUUGAGCAGCUGUUGAAAAGAAACAUCCUCUUCUAUGAAACUGACCUCACAGAGUGUGGAAUUGAUAUCCAAACAGCUUCAGUGUGCUCAGGAGUGUUCACACAAAUCUUCAGAAAAGAGAGAGGGUUGUAUCAGAAAAAUGUGUUCUGCUUCAUUCAUUUAAGUGUUCAGGAGUUUCUGGCUGCCCUUCACGUUCACCUGACCUUUAUCAAAUCUGGAUCCAAUCUGCUGGCAAAAGACGAGACAAAAUCAGGGGAUUUUGAAAAGGGAAACCUUACAACUUCAGAGAUUGAUCUCUACAAGAGUGCAGUGGACAUGGCCCUGGAGAGUCCAGAUGGACACUUGGAUUUGUUCCUCCGUUUUCUGCUUGGUCUUUCACUGGAUACCAAUAGGUGUCACUUAAGAGGGCUGUUGGUAGAUACAGACAGGCAGACAGACAGACAGAGGCAGGCAGGAGAAGACUCAGUCACUAAUAAGGAAACAGCCCAGUACAUCAAAGAGAAGCUGAAUGACCAUCUAUGUGUAGAGAAAAGCAUCAAUCUGUUCCACUGUCUAAAUGAACUAAACGAUCAGUCUCUGGUGGAGGAAAUCCAACAAUCUCUAACUACAGGAAGUCUUUCAGCACACCAGUUGUCAGCUGCUCAGUGGUCUGCUCUGCACUUCAUCCUACUAUUUUCAGAAAAGGUUUUAAAUGUGUUUGACCUGAAGAAAUACUCUGCUUCAGAGGAGGCUCUUCAGAGGCUCUUGCCAAUCGUCAAUGCCACUAGCAAAGCUAUGUAA